AACGCUCGCGCCAUCCUGCAGGGCAAGCGUAACAAGGGAAGACUGCCAGACUGGAUGUUUCGUUACCAGCGAUCAAACCUGGCUUCUCCGCAUUGCAAGAGGCGAGCUCAAAUCUGCACAUUUGUGAUUCAAGAGCUCCUUCGAUCUCGCCUUUGCUUGUUGUAAGUGGAGGGUCAAGCCUCUGUUGCGAAGAUCUGCUCUUCUGCAGAAUUCUUCGUUGCAAAACGGGCUAGCAUUCCAACAAAAGUGGCCUGCUGUUGGCUUGAUCCAGACAAUCAUGGUAUCUGGGCAAUGUGCGGCUAGCUCCUCUGCUUUGCAAUCCACCUUCCUUCCAUCAACCGCAGCCAACAGCUUCGCGGAUCGCACUUUGGGCGGUAAUGGUGCUAUCUUGAGAAGCGGUUUUCCUAUUUUGAGCCAGUCAGUGCCGCGACAACUGCCACAAAUCAUGGCAGUAGCAAGUGAAAAAGCCCAGGAGGCCAAGCUGUGGGGCGGCCGCUUCGAGAAGCCGGUGACGGAAGCCGUAACAAAGUUCAGCGAGAGCGUGUCAUACGACAAGCGGCUCUACAGCCAGGACCUCAAGGGGAGCAGGGCCCACUGCAAGAUGCUCGCAGCGCAGGGCCUCAUGACUGACUCCGACCGCGACACGAUCCUCAAAGGCCUGGACGAGAUCGAGGCGCGCAUUGAGCGGGGAGACUUCACGUGGCGGGCGGACCGGGAAGACGUUCACAUGAACGUGGAAGCCGCGUUGAUCGAGUUAGUCGGCGAGCCCGCCAAGAAGCUGCACACGGCGCGCAGCAGGAACGACCAAGUCAUCACGGACGUGCGCUUGUGGUGUCGGGACGCGAUUGAUGGGCUGUUGGAGAGGAUACAAACGCUGCAGGUGGCCCUUGUUCGGCUCGCCAUUGCGAACCAGGACCUGGUGGUCCCCGGCUACACGCACAUGCAGCGCGCGCAGCCGAUCCUAGUUCCCCACCUCCUGCUGGCCUAUGUCGAACAGUUGGACCGCGAUGCGGGCCGCCUGCGCGACUGCCGCAGCCGCCUCAACUUCUCCUCGCUCGGGUCGUGCGCGCUCGCCGGGACUGGGCUGCCCAUCGACCGCCACAUGACUGCCAAAGAGCUAGGCUUCAGCGGGCCGCUCAGAAACAGUGUUGACGGCGUCAUGGACCGCGACUUCCUGCUGGAGCUCCUCUCAGCGAACGCCAUCAUCGGAGUUCACCUAUCACGACUAGCAGAAGAGUGGGUUCUGUACGCUUCCGAGGAGUUCGGCUUCAUCACCCCGAGCGACGCCGUCUCAACCGGCAGCAGCAUCAUGCCCCAGAAAAAGAACCCCGAUCCCAUGGAGCUGGUGCGCGGCAAGUCCGCGCGCAUCAUCGGCUCCCUCACUACGGUGCUCGUCCUCUGCAAAGGGCUGCCCUCCGCAUACAACCGGGACCUCCAGGAGGACAAGGAGCCGCUGUUCGACAGCGUGGAGACGGUGCAGGGCAUCCUGGAAGUGACGGCCGAGUUUGCUGACAACGUCACCUUCAACGCGGACCGCCUCGCCAAAUCGCUGCCCGCCGGACACUUGGACGCGACCACACUCGCAGACUACCUCGUCAAAAAGGGCAUGCCCUUCCGUACGAGCCACGACGUGGUUGGACGGGCCGUUGCUGUGGCAGUCAAAGAAAAGAUAGAGUUGCAAGACUUGACCUUGGAGCAGUUCCGGGCCUUGGACCCGAUCUUCGAAGAAGACGUGUAUGGUUAUCUGGGCGUCACCAACAGCGUCAGCAAGUUCAUAAGCUAUGGGUCAACAGGGGCGGAGCGCGUCGCGGAGCAAUUGGAGUAUUGGAAGGAGCGGUUAUCGCAAUGAAAGUAAGAAUUAAAUUGAAGUAGACUACAUGCUUAUCUAAGAUAGUUGCUGUUAUACGAGCCUUGUUUUGGGCGUUUGUGUUCGGCAAACGAAACGAGACAUUCUUAUACUGAGCCUGGUCGUAGAGAACCAAGUCUCGAUGGAAUUUGGCGAUGCAAACCUAUGAUGUAGGUCCCAAAAAUGUCGAAAGAGAUGGGCACAAAACACACGGGCAUGUUGCAGAGCUCGCCUUCGAUUUACUUCCUUUUACCGUCUUAGGAGC